AUCGCGGACACGGCCCGAUGAUCCCGAAGACAAAUUCCCUACGAGACUGCUGGUUCGGACUUCGGAGGACACUCCUACGAGAGGGCAGUAUCGUAGUUGGGUGCUAUGGCGGGCCGACUGACCGACAACGCCUCGAUAAGUGGAGGCCUAUUGGAUCGCGCCGAUGUCAGUAAGGCGGAGCUAGAGCAGCGAUUGGAGGAGGAGGAGGAAGCCGUUCGGCUCCUAUCGCGAUUGGAGCAGAGUCUAGACGCGGCUGCUGACGUGGCAGCCGUUGAAAGCGCUGUCGCUGCCUUGCUGGCACCAGACGUGCGCGCCGUAGGCGGCGCGUCGGCUGUAGCGGAUCGUGCGAGCAGCGCAAAUGACGGAAACGAGCCUCGAGAUGAAGCGCUUGCCACGGGAGCGAGAGCGAGAGACGCCGCUGUGACAGAAACGAGGGCACCGACAACAGCACCGAUACAGUCACCUCUCCGCGUGCUGCUAUCGGAUCACCUGGCGGCCGUGUCGCAGCUGCUACUGCUCCGGGCAGCGCCAGUCCUUCCCCCUUCCGCCCGCCGCGUUCUCCUGGACCCGCUCUUCCUCUCCGCACCCCUCCCCUCCGCGCUGGACGCCCUCCUCCCCCUCCUCUCCGCCUCCCCCUCCGCCUCCGCGUGCACUGACUCCGCGGACGAGGACUGGCGGGAAGGGGGAGAUGGGGGAAGAAGAGGCAUGGGGGAAGAUGGUGGGGAGGAGAGUGAGGGGAAGGGUGGGGGCAGUGGCGGUGGCAGUGGCAGUGGCAGUGGCGGUAGGGAUGGUGGGUUGUGGGUGACAGUGGCACAAGGAAAGAGAGGCAGCGUUGCACGCAGGGAAGCAGAGAGACUUCUCCUCGUUGCCAUUUUCGGCAGUGGCAGCGACACGAAGAGGAGCAAGUGCCGCAGCCAGGAUGGGCACUUCUCCUCGGACGCUGAAGGACGGCUCAGGAACCCUCAUGCACCGGACGUUGCAGGACUUGGGACCGUAUCCCACCUAGGCGGAUUGCCUAGGUUUCUGUUCCACCUGGAAACGGCUAGAUGCGCAUCAGCAGCAGCAGUGAACACGUCAGCAGCAGCGUCAGCCACGUCAGCAGGGUGGAGGGGGGAGCACAGCGUGGAUCAGCUGGUGUCUCAGCUGGCAUCUGUGCCCGACAGGGCAUCGCCGCAUGCUCCUCCCUCCCUGCACGCACCUCUCUUCAUCUCGUCCGUGAUCAGCUGCGCGCUCACCACCGCUGCCGCCAUCGCUGCCUGUCGCCCUUCCACUCAAACAGCCCCCUCGAGCCACCAUGACAGCAGCAGCCCUGCCCCAAUCCAGCCACGCACUGCUGUCUCCCCAGAGGCGUUUGUGGGGCUGCUGGCAGCUAGGCUGUGCCGCAGAGGGCACGCGGCCACGGUGGCAUCCGAGGUUGUCCACACAAUCAUCCGACAGCUGGCAUACGCCACGUCAGCAGAUCCACAUGGCACCAGCAGCCCCACCACAACCACCACCCCCAGCAGCAACAGCAGCAGCAGCAUUUUAAGCAUCACGCCCUUCCCCCAGCUGGCCUCGCUCUACGUCGCCAUCCUCUCCUCCCUGGCUGCGGCUGACUCCUUCGCCCUUCAGCAGCUAGCCGAGGCUGUUCUCACCCGCCUCGCUGCCUUUGCUGCUGCGCUUGGCACCAGUGGCGGCGGUGACAGCAGCAGCAGCAGCACUGGUGUGCCGGAGGCUGUGUUACAGCUGCUGUUUCGGGGCAUGCUCAUACAGCGGCAGUCCCAAGCAGUGUAUCUCUUCACCUCUCACCUCCUCACUCGCUCCCUCCUCCCCCUCCCUUGCCUGCGCUGGCUCAUUGCCCUUCUCUCCUCCUCCUCGUCUCCCCCUGCUGAUGCCACCACUGCGCUCGAGCCAAUGGGGCUGUGCCACGUGGCACUUGAGCACGUGCUGCGUCAUUGGAGUUCCGCGGCUCUCGUCCAAUCAGCUUCCAUCGAGAGACAGAUCUACGUGACAGCAGCAGCAGGUUUCCUGCUCUCCCUGCCCCACUGCCACCACCACCUUGAGCCUCAAUGCGCACAACCACCCUCCUCCGCCCCCCUCUCCCCUUCACCCCUUCGGUUGCAUCCGUCGCUGCUCACAUUGAUCCUCAAGGGCGUCUCUUUGCGCUUGGAGAGCCCUCUCCCCGUGGUGCGGCUGAUGGCGCAACGGAUCGCGUUUGCCUUCUCUGUCACCGUGCACCCUGACCGCCCUCCCAUGCUCUUUGGGGAGUUUGCCUUUGAGGCGGGGAUAGCAGGCAGGGAGGGGAAGGGGAAGGGGAGAGGAACAGGCUGGAGUAGUAAAGUGAGUGAAGGGAGUGAGGGGGUAGGAGAGGGAGAGGGGGAGGUGGUGGAUGGUGGGGGGAGGAGGGAGGCGGCUGUUGCUGCUGCUCUGGACUUUGAACGCGGAUGGGAUGUUGGUGUAACGGGGCAGGCUUGUAGGGAGGACAAGGAGGGAGGGGAUGGGAAGAGGAGGGAUGGGGGAGGAGACAGGAAGGGGAGAGUGGAGGGGGAAGUCGAGGGAGAGUUGGGUGAGGAGGGAAGGGGGGAGGAUGAUAGUGAGGAGGAGAGUGGGGAGGAGAGUGGGGAGGAAAGUGGGGAGGAGAGUGGGGAGGAGAGUGGGGAGGAGAGUGGAGAGGAGAGUGGGGAAGAGUGGAGUGAGAAGGAUUGGGAUGAGGAGGAGGAAUGUGAGGAAGAGGAAGAGGAAGAGGGCGGGGGGGGUGUGGCAGGUGGCGACGCGAUGCCCAUGCAGCUGCGAUACUGUGCAGCGGACCUCAGGAAGGCGGAUGAUAUUAAUGCGAUGGAGCGUGCGCUGCUGUCCCUCGAACCAAUGGUCCGCUGCCAACCGGAUGAGCUUGAUGACGUGGCAGCUGAGCUGGCACGCUCCCUUAUCCACAUGCAAUGCCAGUUUCUCCUCUCAGAGGAGGCAGAGGGAGAGGGGGAGGGAGGGGAGGAGGGAGAAGAGGGGAGUGGGAGCGAGGGUGAGGAGGACGGGGGAAAGGAGGGAGAAGGGGUGGAGCAGUGUGAGGUGGAAGAGUGGGGCCCAGGUGAAAAAAAGGGGAGCGGAAGAAGAAGAGGAAGCGGAGGAGGGGUCAGAUGGCAAGGGCAGAAGCCGAGAGGAGCAGAGGCGAGGCGGAGAGCAGCGCUGGUGGCUCUGCUCGUCUUCUCCCCUGUGCCCUCCCUGGAGGUGCUGCUGGGGGAGGUGUUUUCUGCCCACGUGGACAUGAGUCAGCGCCUGCUCAUUCUCGAUGUCAUGGAGACAGCUGCCAUCGAACUCGCCUCCUACUCCUCCCCCUCCCCCUCCCCCUCCUCCUCCUCCUCCCUCUCUUCCCUCUCAGUCUCCACUCUCUCUCACCCCAUUUCUUCCUCCCUCCCCGUCUCUCGCUCCCACACUCCCCUCAUAGUCGAGCUUCAGUCAGGCCCCACCCCCUGGCACCACCCCGCACACUCCCUCUCCCCCUCCCCUCCCGGUGCUGGAUCCUGGGUUGAGCUGCCUGGGAUUCUGCCUGGGGAUCUCGGGCAGCCCGAGAUGGCAAAGGCAAUGUUAGCAUCAGCUUCAGCAGCAGCGGGAGGAGGAGGGUUCGGCCUGACCGGGCUUACGGGCAGCUGGACGAAAAGUUUUGCGAGGGACCUACCCAGACGCCCUGGCGAUCGCACCCUCGGGCAGAUAACACGAGGCUCCAAGGUGAUUGAAUCAGCAAGAGAGAAGGAGCUAGGAAACAGCUGGCAGAACCAGCAGCACCAGCAGCACCAGCAGCACCAGCAGCAGCAGCAGCCACAGAUUGUCGGGGUUUCGUCCAACAGUAGUGUUUCUUCUCCCCGUGUGCGAUACGCUGACGUUGCAGCGGGGUUCAUGCUGCCUUUGAUGCGGGCGUAUGACAGGCAGAGCCAGGGCGUGGACUGGGUGGGCCGGGACUUUGUUGUGCUGGGGCGCGUGCUGCUGCUGCUGGGGAAGUGCCUGCGCCUCGUGGCACCCUCACCUGCUGUGCUUCCUCUUUCGGCUUCCCUUCUGGAAUUUAUCAACGCCAGCCCCAUCUCCCUCCACCCAGAGCCCUACGUGCAGCGCUGUGCAAUCUUCACUGCAGCCUCACUCCUCCUCUCCCUGCCCCCUGCUGCGGUCGCUGCUGAGGGGCUCCUCCUCUCCUCUGCUGCCGCUGCUAGUAGUGCCGGAAUCACCAGCUUUGGUGCUGCUGCUGCUGGUGCUGGUGGCCGUGUGGGACUGCCUGGGAUGCUGGGAGCGGUGGCAGCAUGGGUGGGGAGAAUAGCAGAGGAGAGGGGGGACGAGCAGACGAAGGCAAUGGCCUUUGCAUGCCUCCAGCUGUACGACGACUUCUCCAAGGCGUGCCUGCAGGCGGUGCUUGGCACGUCCGCAUGACUUCUCAUACACCGCUGAUUUCUGGGGUGACUCUGCUCUAAGAUGGUGCUUGUCAAAUGGCCGUUGCGUGUCUUGAGCUAUGAUUCGGGCAGACUUCCAGGCAACUUGCACAUCGUCCUUCCUCCUGACUCCUGAGUGACCUCACCUCACCCAUCCAUAAAAACUCUAUGACAUGAUAGUCACAGACAUGAUACUAGUCCGGGGGUGAGGGGAGGAUGAUUGAUUGUAUGUUCAAUUGACACACCCAUUGCCUGCUCAAUUGAGCCCCUAACAGACAUUCGAUUCUGUCGGUCAAGCAAGACCUCUGGGAUGAUAACAGCGAGAGUACCCUGUGUACAGAUGCAGGUGAUGUCAUCGGUGCCUCUAAAUUGUGUAAGGUCACUU